GCUGUCAGAUGGAAUCAAGUGAACCGGCCUGACCCCGGAGCCUUGAUAGAUCCCCUGCAGGUUGUUGGCGUGGUUCGAGUCGACUACUCCAACAACCUCCGCAAAUACCAUAUACCCCAGUCCCCGUAGAAUGGACGGAGAACUAACCCCAUGGGCAGGCAAGCUGGGGCUGCGGAGAUGGUCCGAUAUUCAAGAAAAUCUCGCUUGCAGGCGCCUAGGCGAGCUUGCUGGGUGCCGCAUAUUCUCUGCCCUCCCGCGCUGCUCACACAGCUAUUGCGGAUACGAGGGCUGUCUCGUGCAUGCUGCACUUCAUAGAAGAGAGACCCCGGGUUAUCAUACGUUCCCCAGACGUGUCUGGAGCCGUCUAGAUCGCGCUCCCUUCGGGGAAAAGGCCGGGGUUUUCCCCGGCCGCCACAAUAUAAGGUCGGCCGUAGACUCAGCGCGGCAGGUUGUUCCCCCCCUCGCAUUGACGGGACCCAAGGGAGACGGGAUGGCGUCGAGAGGUAUUAUGUAUCCAGAACACCGGUCGUUGUUGGCGUUACAGACUCGAUCCACUCGAUCGGGCCGUUGUUGGACGCCAAAGCCGGCCAGGCCUCACGGCAGGGCUUGGCUUCGGCUGCAUCUGAUUCGAGGGUGGCGUUCGUUUUCGCAGCCGGCCAUCGGCGGGUGCAAAUUUUCUUCUGUCGAGCGUGUUGCCCGGAAUCGCAUCAUCGUCUUUGCAUGACACAGGUGUGGACACGUCUCCUGUGUUCUCUUCGAGCCCUGCGACAAUUUGGUAUGACUGUAUAUCUUUCCAUGUCUCAUUAGAUACGCCUCCGAGGU